CUCUUCCUCGACCUCCCCCCUCGCUGCGUCCCGCUUCCAUCGCAGUCUCCUGUUCCCGCACAUUGAGUACCAUCAGGACUUGUCUCUCUCUGCCUCUUCUAUGCGACCAGGCAUCUUCUUUGCUUCCGAUCUUCACUGUCGUGCGGUCGCUCGGCGACACUCCGCCUGGAUCACGAUGACACGACGUGCGUGUCCUGCAAUUUCACCUCUCCCGCUUCAAGUUUGCUAACUAUUUGUCCUGAGGCACCAUUCUUAUCGAGCUCCGCGGCGGCUUGCUUCCCUCCCCCAUCCCCAGGCGCCCUUGCACUCCACAGCGUGCGCCAUGAUACUGCCUGACAUCUGCGACGAUGACAUCUGCAGUCCGUUGUCGUUGCCAGAUCUUGUGACCUAUUCGCAGAUCUGCAAGGACACGCAUCGCACUGUCCGAUCGUACGCUCACAGAGCAUACAAGUUCAAGCAUUGCCUCGAGAGGUUCAUGGACGCGGACGAAGCGGAGGGCCUACGCAACCUCAUGCGCAAGACGGGAACCAUCAUAUCUGGAUCCAUCGCCCUUCAGUUCUUCUCGCGCGAGCCCCUUCCCGAUAGUGACCUCGACCUGUACGCUGACCGCUUUCGCGCGGUCGAGGUCUUUGGCUACCUGGCGGAGCUUGGCUACCGUUACCUUCCCCGCGCAGACCAGGACCGCGUGCUCGACGUCGCGCUCGUUCGUGCGAUCAGGUCCGAGCGCAUUCGCCCCGAAUUUACCUACAACUUGGAGUCCGUCCUCGAUGUCUUCACCUUCGGACGCCCCUCAGUCCCGGACGUCGUGAUACAAGUCGUCGUCGUGGUUCACUCCGUGAUUGACGCCGUGCUCGACUUCCACUGCACGGCGGUCAUGAACUUCAUCACGUACCGCGCCGGUUAUUCCCUCUACCCGCGCAACACCUUCGUCACCAUGUCUGGCGUCGCCUUCGACGACGAUGCCAUGAACGGCCCGUCCAGCAAGUACAGGCGCCGUGGAUAUGAUCUCCGUUGCGCGAUGGAGGAACGCAACUUUGAUCUCCUCGGUCGUGAAGUGACUUGUGGUGAACGCUACGUCGGCGACUCGCACACGUGGGUCAUCAACUUCGACAACGGAGCGGACGAGCAGCUCGAUACUAUGCUCUUUAAUUCCUGGGCUCUUCAAUGGACCGUCGUCGGCCGCAUUCGCAUCCAGCCCAAGAUCAUUCGCCACUUCUACGUCGACGGCUACGAUACCCUCAUUACUCGUGUCUUCGCGACUGAGCUGCUCCUGCACGACUUCACCGAUCGCGUUACAUCCAUCCACAUCGACACUAUAGGUCGCACGGAUGCUGACGUUUUGCAAGCCGUCAUCCGUAGCGGCUUGACUUCCUUGUUCUCCGACAUGCCUCCGUCCGCAGCGGACACCAGAUUCAUAACCAACAUAGCCAAGGUUCCCGUCGCUGUCGGCGGCAUCCAUCAACUCGCCCUGCGCUCUUUCGGUCCCGUGGAUCUGCUACCAUCCGCGUUUACCGAGAAGGUUCCGAAUGCCUUCGACGACGAAGACGACAUCGUGUGCGUUGGCAUGAGUUUUGGGCGCUGCCUGGGCCGCCAGCGGUACGACGUCAACGCGCACAGGACCCUCGCGGUGUCUAAGGCAUAUACUCAGAUCAAUGUGUCCUACUCGUGCUCACUGCUUCCUAGGUAAACAAGGUUGCGCGUGAUGGGCCCGUCGCGAAGAGGCGUCGUAUUGAUUGAUUUAGCUACUCACUUAUCGACCUCCUGUGACCUUGAACAAUGACCGCAUGACUUGGGCUUCAGCCCGUCC